UAUCUUUGUCUAUCAGAGAUCUGAACUAGAUUCCCCACCCAAUCUGCCAUUUACUUUCCCAUUGAUAGUAAUUCCUAUCGAUGCCAAAGAUCUGUUGCCUAACCAUCAUUUUGUUCAUUCUUGGUUAAUAAGACAAGAAACCUUAGGGAGUAUGUAAAAUGUCUAGCACUUAACACGUACUGUUUUUAGUAGGUAGACUAAAGUGGGAUCCUUAUGAAUCGACAAUGAAACAUGAUUUUGUCUUUAAAACUGCAACAGGCCCUGAAGCAGAUUGUGCCAGAGCCGGGACAGGACACGUCAUUCCCUUUCAAGUAGAUGAACCAACUGCAAAAAGCAUCUACAGAGAUGAAUUCUGCUGGAAGCCAUAUUCCAAGGCAGAGCCUAUAACGAAUGGCUUUAUGACAGUAAAGGACAGGAACAAUCCUCAGCCUGGAGAUCGUUUCCUGAUAUGGCAACUGCCUCGUGAAGAAACAGCAUUACCUACAGAUAGCUUUUCACCAUGGACAAAACCUUUUAGUAAACAAGAUUUGGAGGCGGUACUAAAGAAGCAGUACAAAACAGUAUACACGAGAGAUUAUUUAGGAAUGCAACCAGGUACUCCAAGGGAUGAUGAUGUUUCCCCUCCAGAUUGGAAAACAUUAAUCCCAAAGCCACCAGAUACUGAAGUCAGGCGCCAUUAUCAGCCACAAGUCCGUGCACCCGAAUUAAUGGAUUUCACUUGGAAGUAUGGGUGUAAUGCAAAACGUAAAAUUCCGAUCAAAGGUGCUGAAAAAAUAAUCCUUCAGAAUUUCCUUGAUAGAGUCAGUGGAGACAAAAUAUUACAAAGAUCUUCCUCAUCAAAGAAGUCAGGAGAAAAUCCAAUCAGAUGUGUCUGAUACUUUUCAGAAGAAAAUUCCUCAAAAUGGAAAUGUGGCUGUUUCAAAAUGCAAUAUCCUUAUGAUCUGUCUUAAUAGUAAAACCAUUUGAAGACUAUAUUUACUUUUCUUAUACGUGAGAGUUUCUUUAGAAAUCUUAAAAGACUGCACUGGCACUACUAAUGUACUUCCCUAACACUGACAAUAUAGUGUGAAUUGAA